AUGGAUCUGACUAUACUAGGAACCUUGAUUUUGGCUAUUGUUAUCUCUUUUCUCAUGGUUUACUCGACAUGGGACAAAAUAUACAGGAGAAGGAAUUUACCCCCAGGACCAACUCCUCUACCCAUGGUUGGAAACCUGCUACAGAUCAAAAGAGGGGAGAUGGUAAAAUCUCUUAUGGAGGUAGGAGCUCGGUAUGGUCCAGUGUACACAUUUUACUUUGGACAUCGGCCAAUAGUGGUUCUCAAUGGUUAUAUGGCAGUAAAAGAAGCUCUUGUUGAUCAAGGGGAAGAGUUCAGUGGCAGAGGGAGGAUGCAUUCAGUCGACAAAAUCUUUGAUGGGUUUGGUGUUGUGUUUAGUAAUGGAGAACGCUGGAAACAGCUCCGUCGUUUCUCCCUCACCACCUUGAGGAAUUUUGGGAUGGGGAAGAGGAGCAUCGAGGAGAGAAUCCAGGAGGAAGCCCAGUGCUUGGUUAAAGAGCUUCACAACUUCAAACAAAAGCCUGUAGAUCCCAGGAAUAUCCUUGCUCAAGCCAUCUCCAAUGUCAUCUGCUCAGUAGUCUUUGGAAACCGCUUUGAGUAUGAAGACCUGAAAUUUCUGAAGCUGCUAAACUUAUUCAAUGAAACUUUUGUGAUAAUGAGCUCUACCUGGGGGCAGUUGCAGGAAAUAAUCCCAACGAUAAUGGAUUAUAUUCCUGGACCACACCAGAAAAUCAAUCCCAUUAUUGAGAGCCUGCUGGUAUUUGUGUCCGAGAGGGUCAAGAUGAACCAAGCAACACUAGACCCAAGUUCCCCAAGAGAUUACAUUGAUUGUUUCAUCACCAAAAUGCAGCAGGACAAUGGAGACCCCACCUCCGAAUUCAGUAUAAGGAACCUACUUCUGACUGUCCUGAAUUUAUUUUUUGCUGGGACGGAGACAGUCAGUACUACUCUAAGACAUGGAUUUCUCAUUCUUCUGAAAUAUCCGGAAAUACAAGAGAAGAUGCAUAAGGAAAUUGAUGCAGUUAUUGGUCAAAACCGCAGUCCAAAUAUUGAGGACCGAAGCAAAAUGCCUUAUAUGGAUGCCGUUAUCCAUGAGAUACAGAGGUUCAGCGAUGUCAUCCCAAUGAAUGUCCCCCAUACUGUCAUUAAAGAUACAACAUUCCGAGGGUUCACCAUCCCCAAGGGUACAGACAUUUUCCCCCUGCUGUGCACGGUCUUGAGAGAUCCAAGUCAGUUCUCCACCCCUGACAAAUUUAACCCUGGCCACUUCCUCGACAAAUCUGGGAAUUUUAAGAAGAGCGACGCUUUUAUGCCAUUUUCCACAGGGAGGAGGAUUUGCCUGGGAGAAGGUCUAGCCCGGAUGGAGCUCUUUCUCUUCCUGACAACCAUUUUGCAGAAUUUCACACUUGUCUCCGAGACAAAAUUCACAGAAGAAGAUAUUGCUCCACGAAUGACUGGAUUUGCCAAUGUUCCCAUAGACUAUAAGCUAUCCUUUAUACCUCGCUUGGGUUAA